AUGAUUCCGCUACGAUUUAUUCUGCUACUUCCAUGCAGCCCCCAACUGGCAUUAGUUUUUGGCUCGCAACUAGAACAAACCGUUGUCGACGUCCUACGCCGAUACGGUUCCACUAGUCAGCAGCGGCACGUCUAUCUGCUGAUCGAAAGUUUUAUCCAGCACCAUCAGCGUGUCGGUCAACGCCGUCGGGAUUUUAUUGAGUGGAUUCUUCGUCCACCACUUAGCGACGAACUAGCCGUUCAGUUCCAGAUAAACGUCGGUUAUCCAUCGGCUCACACUUUGCUGAUGGUGGAUGGCCUUCGGCCAUUCCAACAAUUCAUCGAAAAUUGGACGAGCCAGCGGUACGAUUUAAAUGGAUACUAUUGGAUUGUUUUGCUGGAUCAUAUUUUACCAAUGGAACUCCACAGUAUGGUUCAACUCUUAUGGGAUCAAAAGAUUUUGAAUGUCGCUAUUUUCACCGAGCCUGUCUCUGGUCGGGUGGAGAUGUUCACUUACCGAGCCUACUCGGCAUCUGUUUGCGACUCCGUCGAGAUGACCAUGAUAAACUUUACCGGACAAAGUCUGUUCGAAGAUCUUGCUACCAACUUUUGGGGCUGUCCAUUGAAGAUCGGAACAUUUGACAACCAACCGUUUACAGAAAUUUUUCAAGACUCAAAUGGACGCCAAUAUCUCCGUGGUUUCGAAGGAAUGCUAGUUAAUCUUCUCGCUGAGAAAUUGAACUUCACGGUGGAGGUUGUUAGCCCUCCGGAUAAUGCCCAGUGGGGAUUCCUGUGGAAGAAUGGCACAACUACUGGACUUUUAAAACUCAUCAUCGAAGAAACAGUUCACUUCGGUAUUUCUUCGCUUGGCUACUCGGAGGAAAGAAAUGAACUGCUAACACCCGGUUUGCCAUAUUACUACUCACAUCUGGUGUUUGCUGUUCCUUCCGGUCGGCCAUACUCAGCUUUCGAGAAGCUGUUCCUUCCGUUCCACUGGACAACGUGGUGCGCAGUAUUCGUAACUACAAUAGCCACCUGGACCACUAUGAUAAUCAUCAAUAUGCAACCGAAUCGGGUGAAAGACUUCAUCUACGGUAAAGGAAUCCGAAGUCCCAUCACCAAUUCAAUUAAUAUUCUGCUGGGUGGAGCUCUGGUCCGGAAUCCGACUGGAACGUUCGCACGAAGCAUGCUGACUUUUUGGAUUAUCUACGCACUGAUCAUUCGGACGGCCUACCAAAGUUCUCUUUUCAAGUUCCUUCAGGAACCGAAAAACUACUCCGCACCGCUAACAAUGAAGCAAAUGGCUGAGGCUAAUCUGUACUACAACAUGCUCGAAUAUGGCAUGUAUUUUUUCUCCGAUUCUCCGUACAUUAUGUCCCGCGCUCGUAAAAUCUCUCACGAACAAGGUCAAUUCACGGCCACGAUCGAACGGCUUGGUCGGGACGAACUGGACGGUGCAGUGCUGGUGCUGCUCGACCACAUUGCCUACCACAACAAAGUCUUCCCGUCUGAUCAGUUCAUUCAGGCGGCCAAGGACAUCAUCUGCGGGUUUCCGCUUGCCAUCUACUAUCCGAAGCAUACCUUCCUGCGGGAUACGAUCGAUCAACAAAUUCAGCAGAUCGUGCCAGCCGGGCUGAUACAGUCGUGGGCGGAUACGUACGGUGACUACGAUUUCUACCAUCAACGGAAAGGUUACUCGGUAGUGCAAGCACUAACCGUGCGGCAAUUGAUUGGAGUUUUUCAAAUUCUAACCGUACUGGAAACCGUAGCGACGUUGAUGUUUCUACUGGAACUGUUGGCCAGGAGGGCGAAGAUCGUUGCGCGGGUCGUUGACUGGUUGGAAAAGGAUUAG